GCGACUUAGCAGCAGAGAAGCUGCUGCAAGAAAAUAAACAUUCCUCCCCCCACCCCCGCCCCCAAGGGCAGAGUUGGAAGGGGACUUGUUGACAAUCUGCUCCAAGUCCUCCAUGGCUUGUUCAAAUUCGCCACAGCCCUGAGGACCUGGCCAGGCCUUAAACUUGAGUCUCCUGAACUUUUCCCUCCACUGGGUGUGUUGUGUUAAGGGCUAAUUGAGUUAGCUGGCUCUUUUCCUUGUUUCAGAGGAGAGGAGCUGGGUCAGGAAGGAAAGAGAGAGGCGGGAGAGAGGAGAUUCGCUAAUCCAGGCUGUGGCGAACUUUGACUGACUGGAGGUUUCUCAGCCCGUCCCAGGGGCAGAAUUCUUUUUCUCCCCUCAGUGUUUUAUACUGAAAAUUUUCAACUGAAAAGUUGGAGAAAUGGUCCUCUGAAGCUUCACCCAGAUUCACCACAUUUUGCCACUUUUGUGCCUGUACUUUCUUUCUAAUUAGACACAUGUCCAAUUUUUACAUAUUUAACACAUAAUUUGAUACUUUCUAUGUAAAAUAUAAUUAAUGAAAUUAUAUUACAUAUAUAAUUUUGUUGUUGAACCUGUGAAAAUUUGCAGACAUCCAAAUACUUCACCCCGAAUGCCUUUUUUAAAAGAUAUUCAGCACUUUAUUAUAAAAUAAGCCUUGUGUAAGAUCAUUUUGCCCAACUGUAGACUAAGUAUUCUGAGUGCAUUUUAGGUUGGCUAGGCUAAGCUGUAAUGGUUGGUCGCUUAGGUGUAUUAAAUGCAUUUUUUUCCACCCCUGAAUUCUUCAGCUUGUGUUUCCUAAGCACAAGGACAUUCUUCUACAUAACCAGAGCCCCGUUGUUAUCACAUCUAAAAAAGUUAACAUUGAUAAAAUAUUCUUAUAGAAUGUACACUCCAUAUUCGAAUUUCCUCCACCAUCUCGGUGAUGUCUGUUUUAGCUCAAAGCAUUACUUUUUGAGACCAUCAAGUCCUAGGGAUGAGGAACAACCUCUUGCCCUGAUUUCACUGCAUCUGAGAAUCAGAUCAAUUCUGCGUCACCAUGAACUGAUUCUUCGUGAGUGUCCCCGAACCAUGUGUGUGACACGUUGUAAAACACAUUUCAGAACUUGUAGGAGCACAGGCACCUUCAAGCAACAUUACCCAAAUCACAGACAACUUGUGGCUCUAGGGCACCCCCGUGCCCCCCUCCACUCUGCUGCCAGACCCCAUCUGUCCCUUCACUCAGCUCCCCACCGCCCCCACCCAGAGAAAUGGCCCCAGUUCCCCCUUCCCGUCAUCAUCACUCACAUUGUAUUUAAUUCCACUUCCAAUCCCUUUCUCCUCCCCUCCUCUCUUCCACCAGCUGCCACAGGUAAAUCCGCCCUUGUUUCAUAACACCCUGUCCUGGGGCUGGUUUUCUUUCUCUCUCCCCCUUGACUUCCUUUGUGGGUCUAAUCCUGUCUGUCUCACACAAAAAUAGUUUAGUAAUACACCUGUCUUAAGGAAAAGGAAACUCCUGUGUUUGGAAAUGCUCCCAGGUGUUUUUGAAAGCUUGAUUUCUACUUAUGGCAUAAAUCGCCUUGUAACAAUAAAAGAGGAUUUAGAAGGUGUAAGCGAUACUCCUCAUUCUGCCUAAUCGAACACAUCACCUGUUCGAGUUUCCCAAGUCUCUUUCCUGGCCUUGUCCACACCAACACAGAUGGCAGCCCCGGAAUGAAAGCUUUCUGCAAAAAGUUGCAAGUUGUGUAGUUAAAUGUAAUAAAGGAUCUGUGACCUCAACCUGUAAAGGCACUUCCACAGAUUCUAUAGACGAGUCUCUCUACCUCCUUAUUCUCCUCUCCUUAAAUUUAGUUUUCCUCAGGAACCAGAAGGAAUGGUAAACAACUUCUAAUGAGUUUGUCACCUCCCAUCUCCUUUUGUAGUACUGAACAAUGCUGUAUUUUAUAGCUUGCAUUUUAGAUGUUUUAGUAUCUUUUGGUUAAACAAGGGUUUUGUAAACUAGCUUAGGAGGUUAACCACCAUUUGCAACAUUUCUUUCUGUGGGUUGAAAAUACACUGCAAGUUCCAAACCAGCAACUCACAAAGGAGUGUUUGGAACACAAACCUUUGAUGGGCAUGCCUGCUGGUACUUGUUCAAGGUCUAACAGCACAACCUGGGCUCCUCUUUAAUCCCGGACAGGCCAGUCUUUUCCAUUCCAGAGUUGAUUACCGUCGUUGUUGUGAUGGUCCUUUCUCCACCCUGGAGAUGCUCAGCAGAUCUUCCUGGGGAGUGAGGAGGGAGGAGGGGCAGACCCCCUGAGGAUAGGACCCGGGAAGAAAGAGUAGAGGCUCAGCUGAGCCUCACAUCUGCCAGCAUGGCCCGAGCCCAAGAAACCCAAAAUCAACCCAGAGACCCUCUGGGCUGGGAGCAUGCACACACCUGGUCAGCAGGAAUUUGAGGCCAAAAUGUGUAAGUCAUGGCCCGGAGAUGCAAAGAAACUGGACACAAAAGGAUAAUAAAUGAUGCUUGAUAAUCAGUGAGGAAUGACAGAUGAGAUCAUCUUGGGCUGGGGUGAUGAGAGGAGGCGGAUAGGAACUUAAGCCAGGCCUGGAGAACGUAGGAUGAUUAGAGGCAGCGAAGGGGUGGGGUUAGGGAUGCACUGGGCAUGCUCAGUGGCCCACCUGCCCCUAAUAACCUGGGUACUUGCUAACAAUGCAGCACCCACAUGGAUCUCUUUAUUAGAAUCUCUGAGCAAGUAGCCCAGGAAUCUCCCGUUUACAAGUUUCCUAGUGAUUCCAAGCCACCGAUUGAGAAGAACAAGCAAGAACAGGAGUUGCUCAUAACAGUUGCCAAGAAAUCGGGAUCCUUGGGGGCUGAACCCUAGAGGACCCUGAAGAACAUACAUUGCCACCCUCUCUCCCCAGAGUUCACCAGCCCACGCACAUUCUCCAGCUUCUGGCAGAGUGCCCCAACGGAGGAAGCAAAUAAAGUCUAGAACAACACAGGACUCCUGCAGCAGGGGGGUGACAGAACCACUGGCUGGCUAAACGGUUAUUCCCCCGCUAACGUGUCCUUCCCAGACGGGUGGUUUUCCUCCUAAGGAGCAUGGUAGACGUGCUGCAGGAAGGUUGGGUGAUGAUCUUUGAGCUUCAAUUUUAAAUGAGAGGAAAGUUGCAGCAUUAAAGGUUGGGAAGACAUCCCUACAUAAAAUUUGGGGCAAAAUUUUGAAGAUGGAGAAAGGAAGACCUGGGUCACUGGCAAGAUCUGUCAGCUGGCUGCCAUCUGACCAUCCGCACCUGAAAGAAACUACACAGUCAGCAAGGAACUCUAAUUACUUGCACCCCUGUUUUCGUUUCUAAUCCCUGCCAAUAUUUAUGUGCACAGUCAUCGGUGUGAAGCAACUACUCUGUGUUCUAAUUUUUCACUUACUACGUGUUUGUCUCUACAUGUCCACAUGUAGGUAGUUAUAGUCAGUGAAAGCCCCACCAAGCACUCUCAGUCCCACUGAUACAAAGUUCUGAGGAGAUCCUCAGAUCUGAGCACCAAGAAUUCAGGUCGGUCCUUGGCCCAUGGGUGUCAGCAUCACCUCCUAGCCAGCAGGAUGGAGACCACCCCCUUAAAUUCCCAGAAGGAGCUAUCAGCGUAUAAGGAUGGAGAAGAUUGUCAGGAAAAUGGGGUUCUACAGAAGGGUGUCCCCGCCCCUGGGGAUAAGACAGAGUCCGGCCAGAUCUCCAACGGGUACUCAGCGGUUCCGAACCCUGGCGCAGGAGACGACACUCAGCACUCCAUCCCAGCUGCCACCACUGCCCUAGUGGCUGAGGUUCAUCCAGCAGAGCGGGAGACCUGGGGCAAGAAGGUGGAUUUCCUCCUCUCUGUCAUCGGCUAUGCUGUGGACCUGGGCAACGUCUGGCGCUUUCCCUACAUUUGUUACCAGAAUGGAGGGGGGGCGUUCCUCCUUCCCUACACUAUCAUGGCCAUUUUUGGGGGGAUCCCGCUCUUCUACAUGGAGCUUGCACUGGGGCAGUACCAUCGAAAUGGAUGCAUUUCGAUAUGGACGAAAAUCUGCCCAAUUUUCAAAGGGAUAGGUUGCGCCAUCUGCCUCAUCGCCUUCUACAUCGCCUCCUACUACAACACCAUCAUGGCCUGGGCCCUCUACUACCUCAUCUCCUCCUUCACGGAGCAACUGCCCUGGACCAGCUGUGAGAACUCCUGGAACACUGGUAACUGCACCAACUACUUCUCCGAGGAUAACAUCACCUGGAUGCUCCACUCAACGUCCCCUGCAGAAGAAUUUUACACGCGGCAGGUCCUGCAGAUCCACCGGUCGAAGGGGCUCCAGGACCUGGGGGGCCUCAGUUGGCAGCUUGUCCUGUGCAUCAUGUUCAUCUUCACUGUUAUCUACUUUAGCAUCUGGAAAGGCGUCAAAACAUCUGGCAAGGUGGUUUGGGUGACAGCCACCUUCCCUUACAUCAUUCUUUUGAUCCUGCUGGUGAGGGGGGCCACCCUCCCUGGAGCCUGGAGGGGAGUUCUCUUCUAUUUGAAACCCAACUGGCAGAAACUCCUAGAGACGGGGGUGUGGGUGGAUGCGGCCGCCCAGAUCUUCUUCUCUCUCGGCCCUGGCUUUGGGGUCCUACUGGCUUUUGCGAGCUACAACAAAUUCCACAACAACUGUUACCAAGACGCCCUGGUGACCAGUGCGGUGAAUUGCAUGACGAGCUUCGUUUCAGGAUUUGUCAUCUUCACGGUGCUGGGGUAUAUGGCUGAGAUGAGGAAAGAAGAUGUGUCUGAGGUGGCCAGAGAUGCAGGCCCCAGCCUCCUGUUCAUCACAUACGCAGAAGCCAUAGCCAACAUGCCAGCAUCCACAUUCUUUGCCAUCGUCUUCUUCCUGAUGUUAAUCACCCUGGGCUUGGACAGCACGUUUGCAGGCUUGGAGGGGGUGAUCACAGCUGUGCUGGAUGAGUUUCCACAUGUCUGGGCCAAGCGCCGGGAGUGGUUUGUGCUUGGAGUGGUCAUUACCUGCUUCUUUGGAUCCCUGGUCACCUUGACUUUCGGUGGGGCCUACGUGGUGAAGCUGUUGGAGGAGUUCGCCACGGGACCUGCAGUGCUCACUGUGGCCCUGAUUGAAGCUGUUGCUGUGUUUUGGUUCUACGGCAUCAAUCAGUUCUGCAGUGAUGUGAAGGAAAUGCUUGGUUUCAGCCCUGGAUGGUUCUGGAAGAUCUGCUGGGUAGCCAUCAGUCCUCUGUUUCUCCUGUUCAUCAUCUGCAGUUUUUUGAUGAGCCCACCACAGCUACGACUUUUCCAGUAUGAUUAUCCUCGGUGGAGCAUCAUCCUGGGUUACUGCAUAGGAACCUCAUCUUUCAUCUGCAUCCCCACAUAUAUAACCUAUCGGCUGAUUGUCACUCCAGGGACACUUAAGGAGCGUAUUAUUAAAGGUAUCACCCCAGAAACACCGACAGAAAUUCCCUGUGGGGACAUCCGCCUGAAUGCUGUGUAAAACAUCAACAAAAGGAAGAUGGCUUCCCAAUAACCUCUUCCUCCAGUCCUGACAAAUCACACAUCGCCUUCUCCCUCUAAGUCAAUGAGUUUCCGGCUAAGCCUAUCAAUGGAAGGGCCUUCUUCAUAGAGACACAGUCCCAAAAGACUACGGUGCCCAGAUUCUUUCGGCCUCCAGUCACUUCGUGUGACAUCUCCGGGACAUGUUACCACGUUAGGCUCUGUGAUGCAGCUAAAGUGAACUGCUUUGAAUGUGUGAAGCUGUGUAUGAAAACCACCAUGUUGUCAUUAGGACUAGUUUAGGAUCAAGUCUGUUAAAGUCUCCUGUGUCAUUCCUUCUUAUGAUCAUCAGUAUCUAAUAUCGUUUGCUUCCAAAGAUUUCAACUGCUCAUGACUGCAUAAACCAUGUAGGAAAAAACAGGGAUACUGUCUUGCUAGCCAUGUUUUCUGAGUAGCAGAGAAUCCUAUAGCUGGAGUCUAUUAGAACCCCAUAACCUGUGUGCUGCUGUGGAAUCAGGAGAGGAAGAUUUAAGAAGCUAAAUUGAAAAAAUAAUGUGUAUGUGUGAGCAUGUGUGUCUGUGUGUACAACUGUUCCAGUGUAUCCUUACCCAUUACAAACUAUAUGAAUUCCCUCUAGUUUUUUUUUACAUUAACAAAUUCCACCUACUGAAAUUUGUAUGUA